AUGGGUAUUCUAGAGAUGGUAAAGAAGAUCCUUAAAGAAUUCCCAAUAGCCAUUCAAGAUACGGACUCUGAAAAGAAGAACCUACUGCUUUUGGCUGUAGAGCAUAGGCAAACAGAGGUCUAUAAUUGGUUAAUAGGAGAAAAGUAUCCAGAGCACGUGUUUUAUAAGGUGGAUAAAGAAGGAAACAAUGCGAUGCACCUAGCCGCAAAGUUCCAGCAGCUGGAUGUGUGGCGCAUCCCUGGUUCCGCUCUACAGUUGCAAGGCGAAAGGAAGUGGUACAAGUAUGUAAAGCAAACUUUGCCACGACAGUCAUAUGUUCGUUAUAACAAGAAAGGUCAGACACCAAGACAGGUCUUCAUAGAGACGCAUGCAACGUUACUCAAAGAUGGAACUGAAUGGCUCGUCAAAACCGCCGAAUCAUUCUCUGUCAUUGCAGCACUGAUUGCUACAGUUGCAUUUGCUACGUCUUCCCAAAUCCCAGGCGGUCCCGAUGACAGUGGCUAUCCACACUUUGAAAAUCGACCUGCUUUUGACGUGUUCUCUAUAUCAUCACUUGUUUCUCUUUGCUUCUCUGUCACGGCCCUGGUGUUUUCCUUGGCUAUCCUCACAUCUCGAUGCCAACACAAUAAAUUCGAGAAAGACUUGCCAAGAAAGUUGCUCCUUGGAUUAACUUCGCUUUUUGCAUCAAUAACCACAAUCUUGAUCUCAUUCUGUGCUGCCCAUUUCUUUGUCCUCCGUGAUAAGUUCAAGAAUGCGGCACUUCCAAUAUAUGCGGCAACAUGCAUACCCGUGGUGUUUUUUGCAUUAAUUCAAUUCCCUCUCUAUGUUGAUCUCAUAAGGUCAUACAUCCAAAAGCGGCCUCUUCGUAGCUAUAAGGUGUUCUAUACAGAUUCCUCAGUAGCAGAUCAGAAGAAAGAAGGUAAAGAAAAGGAGGACUAA